AUGUUUCGUCCACGUGCGUUUUCUUUUAGAACCAUUGGGGUAUCUGGGGUCUCCUUCAUUUGCAUUAUUAACGUGAGCAGGUUGAUCUGGGCCUAA